AUGGAACAGCCAUUUCUAGAUACUCUGCUAAUGCAUUUCCUGAAAGCUAACUGUAUGAAGAAAUCAAAGCCUAUGCUGGAUAAACGGACGCCACUUCACUACGCCACUAUUGAGAACAAGAUCGACUGCGUUCUGCAUCUACUGCAAGCUGGAGCUAACCCAGAUCAAGGAGAUAAGGAUGAACGGACGCCACUUCACUAUGCCACUAUUGAGAACAAGACCGACUGCGUUCUGCAUCUACUGCAAGCUGGAGCUAACCCAGAUCAAGGAGAUAAGGAGGGAAAGACACCACUUCGCUAUGCCAUUGAGCGGGGUCGUAUCGACUGCAUGCGGCAUCUACUGGACAGCAAAGCCGAUCCAAACACACCUGACGAGUAUGGAAAGACACCACUUCACUAUGCCAGUGAGCGGGGUAGUAUCGACUGCAUGCGGCAUCUACUGGACAGCAAAGCCAAUCCAAACCAACCUGACAAGGAUAAACGGACACCACUUCACUAUGCCACUAUUGAGAACAAGGCCGACUGCGUUCUGCAUCUACUGCGAGCUGGAGCUAACCCAGAUCAAGGAGAUAAGGCAGGUUAUGGAACAGACAUUUCAAUAUACUCUGCUAAUGCAUUUCCUAAUGCAUUUCCUGCAAACUAAAUUUACGAAGAAAUCAAGGACUAUGUUGGUCAACUGCUGGAAAAGUGCUCGAUGUGCCGGGCGAGGAGCUUUUUUCACAAUGAUUAUGCCCCAUUUUUUAAUGCCAAUUGCCUGAUGACUUCUUCGGCAUGAAAAUUAAAUCACAACAGCUCCUGAUCGGACCCUUCUCUCCUUCAUUGAAAAUGUUAUGUGAAGAAAUCAGUAUGUGCCCUAACUCCGAGUGUCAUGUUG